CUGUGAUGGUGACGUCACUGCCGCCCCUCUGACGUCAUAAUCUCUCCGCUGACGUCAUGGCGGUGCCGGGGGCGUGGCCGCCGCGGGGGGCGGAGCCCUCGGACAGCAGCCCCGAGCCCCCCUCCCCCUCCAGCUCCCGGCCCCCCCUGUCCGACUCCAGCCCCUCCCCCACCGAGACCACGGCCACCCAAUGUGGGCGGGGCCAAGGGGGCGGGGCCAGGGCUCGCCACGCCCCUCCCAACCUUGCCGGGGUGGGGGGGGAGCGGCCGCUGGCGCUGUUUGAGGAGGAGCUGGCCACCCGUCCCCGCGUGCCGGCGCUGCUGCGCAGGAUGGCCCCGUACAGCGCCCUGAGCCCGGACAGCGACUGCGGCACCGCACAGCGCCGCGCCCUGGGCACGUUUCAGGGCGUGGUGGCGCCGUCGCUGCAGUCGCUGCUGGGGCUGGUGCUGCUGCUGCGCCUGCCCUGGGUCGUGGGACACGGCGGCGUCCUGGGGACAGCGGCCAUCGGGGUCCUGCUGGGGGCCUGCAUGCUGCUGACCGCCGUGUCCCUCAGCGCCGUGGCCACCAACGGGCUGGACCCCGGGGGCGGGGCGCUGUCGCUGCUGUCGGGGGCGCUGGGCCCCGAGGCCGGGGGGGCCGUGGGCGUUUGCGGCUUCCUGAGCGCGGCGUUCACGUGCGCGGCCGCGGCGCUGGGCGGGGCCGAGCUCCUAUUGGUGUACCUGAGCCCCGGCUGGGCGGUGCUUCCGGGGCGUGGCCGCUGGGGCCGCCUCAACAACGGGCGUGGCUACGGGGCGGGGCUGCUGGCGCUGCUGGGGGCGGGGUCUCUGGCCCCGCCCCGCGUGCACGCAAUCGCCGCCCCCCUGGGCCCCGCGGGGCUGCUGCUGGCGCUGCUGGCGCUGCAGGCGGGGUCCCUGCGCCACGCCCUGCGCCCCGACCCUGCCCACGCGCUGUGCCUGCCCCCCCGGCCCGGGGACCCCCUCCUGCCCUGCUCCCCCCCCGAGCCCCCCAACGCCUCGCGGGGCCCUCCCGGCCAGCAGGGGGCGCUGCCCGCCCUGCCCGGGCCCAGCGCGGGAGUGCUGGCACGGAACCUGUGGCCCCGCCCCUCAGAGGCGGGGCUGGGGGCGGGGCCUGAUCAGGAGGAGGGCGGGGCCGACGCCUCCUUCGGGGCCCUGCUGGGGCUGAGCCUCCCCUCGGCCGCGGGGGUGCUGUGGGGGUGCAGCCGCUGCUCGGAGCUCGGGGACGUCGCUCGCUCCGUCCCGGCCGGGAGCCUCGGGGCCGCCAUGGCCACGGCCCUGGGAUACCUGAGCGCGGCGCUGCUGCUGGGGGCCAGCGUGGAGGGACAGCUGCUGCGGGACAAGUUCGGUGCCACCCUGGGCGGUGUCCCCGUGCUGGCCGCUGUCGCCUGGCCCUGGCCGUGGCUGCCCGUGCUGGGGGCGGGGCUCUCGGCGGGGGGGGCGGGGCUCCAGGCGCUGCUGGGCGGGUCCCGCCUCCUGCGCGCGCUGGCGCGGACACGGGCGCUGCCGCUGCCGCGCGCUCUGUCCCGGGGCCGGCUCUGGCCGCUGUUGGUGACCCUGCUGACCGCUGCCCUGGGGGUGCUCCUGGGCUCUCUGGACCUGCUGGCCCCGGUGCUCUCCGUGCUGUGCCUGACGUCACACCUGGGGCUGAACCUGGCGUGCGCCCUGCAGGGGCUGCUGCCCACGGCCGGCUGGAGCCCGCGCUGCCCGCUGUACCACUGGUCGGUGUCCCUGGCCGGGGCCCUGCUCUGUCUGUCCCUCAUGUUUGUCACCUGCUGGCACUGUGCCCUGCUGGCCCUGGGCAUCGGCGCCACCGCCUACAAAUACCUGGAGUUCCGCAGCGCCCAGAGCGAGUGGGGGGAGGGGCUGCGGGGGCUCUCGCUGAGCGCGGCCCGGCUGGCGCUGCUGCGGCUGGAGGAUGGACGGCCCCCGCCCCCCAGCCUCAGGCCGCAGCUGUUGGUGCUGUCCAAGCCCGGGGACCCCCCCGGGCCCCCCCCCCGGCCGGAGCUGGUGGCACUGGCCGCGCAGCUGCAGGGAGGGGGGCGGGGCCUGACCGUGCUGGGGGCGGUGCUGGGCGGGGCCCUGCACGAGGAGCUGCCCCGGGCCAGGGGGGCUGAGAAGGCGCUGCGGGUGGCGCUGUCCCGGGCCGGUGCCCGCGGUUUCGUGCAGGUGUUGGUGACCCCGGAGCCGGGGGCGGGGCUGGCGGCGCUCGUGCAGGGGGUGGGGCUGGGGGCGCUCCGCCCCAACACCGUCCUGCUGGGCUGGCCCCGCCGCUGGCGGCAGCAGCCCGACCCCGCCAGGGCCGCCAGGGACUUCGUGGAGCUGCUGCGGGUGGCGGGCGCGGCGGGCCGGGCCCUGCUGGUGUCCAAGGGCGGAGCGGAGCCCGGCCCGGUCCCGGGGGUGUCCCCGGGGGUGUCCCCGGUGCCGGGGCUGUCCCCGGGGGUGUCCCCGUGCCCGGGGGUGUCCCCGGGGGUGUCCCCGGGGGGGUCCCUGGAUGUCUGGUGGGUGGUGGGCACCGGGCGCCUCCUGACGCUGCUGCCGCUGCUGCUCCGACAGCACCCGGUGUGGCGGGGGUGCCCCCUGCGCCUGUUCACGGUGGCGCUGCUGGAGGACAACAGCGAGCGGCUGCGGCGCCUGCUCGAGGCCGUGGUGCGGCGCCGGGGGCUGCCGGCACAGGUGCACGUGGUGGAGCUGCACGACGGCGCGGUCUCUGAUUACACGUACGAGCGGACGCUGAUGAUGGAGCAGCGCUCGCAGAUGCUGCGCCAGCUGCGCCGAGCCCAGGGAGGCCCCGCCCCCUCGCACCCGCCCAGCGCCGCCGAGGAGGACGAGGGGGGGGGAGGGGAACCCCGGAGAGGGCCCAGCCCGGGGAACGUCCGGCGCAUGCACGCCGCCGAGCGCCUCAACGCCGCCAUCUUGGCGCACUCGGGGGGGGCGGGGCUGGUGCUGCUGGACCUGCCGCCCCCUCCCCCCCCGCGGCCGCACCGGCCCCGCGAGAACUACCUGGAGUUCCUGGAGGUGCUGACCGAGGGCCUGGGGCCGGUGCUGCUCGUCAGGGACGGCGACGGAGACGGAGACGGAGACCAGUGCUCCCAGUAUGGAACUGGGGAAACUGGGGAGCCCUGAGAGCCCUGAGAGCCCAGUGCUCCCAGUAUGGAACUGGGAAUGGGCCCAGUGCUCCCAGGAUGGGACUGGGGAAACUGGGGAGCCCUGAGAGACCAGUGCUCCCAGUAUGGAACUGG